UGCGGCACAGUACACUUACAUAAUGGAGCUAUCAACUGUUAUAUUCUUCGGUCUCUUAUUGUGCGGUAUCCAAGACGUAUGUUAUGCUUGGGCCAGUUUUGCAAAGCUGCCUCUACGAGUAAGUCUGGUGGAAUCAGAGAUCAAUACAUUUAAACGUACAGCUCUUAAUGCUGAUGUUAAACUGAUCAACAAGUUUAAGGUGUUGGAGUCAUCACUGAAAGAAGAAAUGACUACAACAUUCCUCCCUCCCUUGAUAAAACCUCUCGUCAAACAAGCUAUAAUCGACAUCAUGAACGAAGACUAUAUUGGCAACAUUAUUACCGGACAUGUUCUCAAGGUAGUUGACAGAUUGAAAGCCAAAGUGCAAAACACAGAGACACAAGUGAAAGUACUGGCACAACAGCUGAGACGUGUUGAACGGGAUAGAGACACUUACAGAAAGAGUCUUCGUAAACUACGUCGCAGACUGACCAAAGACAUCCGGGCAUUACAUCUGCGUGGCGCAGGGAUGCUGCAGUCUGAAUUAAAUCAGACCAAUGAUGAUCUUUUUGCUACAAAACAUCAAAUCGUUGGUCUUAAGGAGGACUUGAUGGCACUAAAUGUGAGUUGCUGGAAGAGGAAAGACGCUAAAGAGAGUGAUGUUACAGAACGUACACUGACAACACCAUCGUUGUCGCAUGUGUCAUCUACGACUCCGACUACAAUGUAUCCUGGAACUACAACAGCCUCGACUGACCCGAGCCCGAGCAAGACGGUCCCACUAACGCCAGUGACGCCAUUGGCGACACAAGACUCAGAUCUACAGGCCUCGACUGAUCCGAGCUCGAGCACCAAGGUUCCACCACCGCCAGUGACGACACAAGACUCUGAUCUACACGCGACUCCAUCACCAGCCACAGACCGCGACCUCUACUCCGCCAGCGAGGACGGUGACCUGGAGAGAGUGAAGCGGAUCCUGGGAGCGGGUCACGUGGACAUCAACACUAGAGGAGACUACAGCAGGACACCGGUGAUGGUGGCGGCACUGGAGGGACACAGAGAUGUGGUGGAGCUCCUGGUGGAUAGAGGUGCUGAUGUGUCACUGGUGGACGUCAACGGUACCAAUGUCCUUCACUGGGCCUGUUUCGGUGGAGACCUGGAGAUCGUGAAGCUGAUCCUGUCACUGAACGCGGUUGACAUCAACGCCAGGGACAACCGUGGGCGGACAGCGGCCGACUGGGCGAAACUCUGGGGACAUCAGCCAUUGUUGGCUCUCCUGGUGUAGUGUGGGACGUUCUCGUUGUCGUGUUUACAAUUAAGGUGAUUCCCUCUUUUCUUUGUGAAUAUAAAUAAAACUUGUUGAUUGUA